GGACGUCAAGCAGCUGUAGCUGCGCCAUCCGCCAACAGUUUACGUUAUUUCUUUGACGUUAGAAAUCUACCUUUGGCAGCAGGUGAGGUCAAAUGCAGAGGAAAGGAGCGGAAGAGCUUUGCUGACAGGUGGAGAAGACUUUUUAGCUGGUAGCCAAAGGUGGGGGCAGAUGGAAGACAGCACGGCUCUGGUCGACAGUCUGCAGAUAUGGCUGCAGACCUUCAACACUCCUGCGCCCUGCAGAACGGUGGAGGAGCUCACCACUGGAGCGGCAAUGUCGCAGGCACUACAUCAGAUAGAUCCAUCAUGGUUCAAUGAUGGAUGGCUGGCUCGUAUCAAAACAGACGUGGAGGAUAACUGGAGACUAAAGAUUAACAAUCUCAAGAAGAUCCUUCAGAUGGUGGUUGACUAUUACAAUGAGGUCUUGGGACAGGAAAUCUCAGAUUUUCCUUUACCAGAUAUGUCCGUGGUGGCUGAACAUUCAGACGCUGUGGAGCUGGGAAGGCUGCUGCAGCUCAUACUUGGCUGUGCUGUCAGAUGUGAACGCAAACAAGAAUAUAUUCAGAUCAUCAUGACCUUGGAGGAGUCUGUGCAGCAUGUUGUUAUGACAGCCAUCCAGGAGCUCAUGAGUAAAGAGAUCAUGGCUCCGUUUGGAGCUGAACCAUCAGGGGACUUGGAACUGCAGCUAAAAAAAGCCCUAGAGGAGCUUGCUGAACUUCUGUCAGAAAAGGAGGCACUAGCCCAGCGCUGUCAAGAGCUGGACAUGCAGGUGGCUGUUCUUCAAGAGGAACGGAACAGCUUGUUGGCAGAAAAUGAUGUCCUUACAGACCGAGCCAAUCAGCUAGACACGUUUGAUGACCCAAGUACACCCUCAGGGAGAAAACACAGUCAGUUGCAGCAACAACUAGAGACGGUACAGGAAGAGAACUUCAGGCUGGAGGCUGCCAAGGAUGACUACCGGAUCCACUGUGAGCAGUUGGAGAAGCAGCUGAUCGAACUUCAGCACCGUAAUGACGAUCUCACCAGCCUGGCAGAGGAGUCACGGGCUCUUAAAGAUGAACUGGAUAUCCUGAGGAACUGCUCUGAUCGAGUAGUGAUGCUGGAGUCCUCAGUGGACACAUACAAACGCAAGUUGGACAAUCUUGGUGAUCUGAAGAGGCAGAUGAAGCUGCUAGAAGAGAAUAAUAUGACCUACAUGCAAAACACUGUCAGUCUAGAGGAAGAGCUGCGCAAGGCCAAUGCUGCCCGUGCCCAGCUUGAAACGUACAAAAGACAGGUCCAAGAGCUACAUAACAAAUUGUCUGAGGAGACAAGGCGAGCGGACAACCUAGCUUUUGAGAUGAAAAAGUUGGAGGAGAAGCAUGAAACUGUCAUGAAGGAGAAAGAGAGGAUCAUAAUUGAGAGAGAUUCUCUAAAGGAAAUCAAUGAGGAACUGCGAUGCACUCAGGCUCAACAGCAUCAGCUCUCUCAAGCAGGGAUGCUUCCCUCUGGCAGCCCCAGCCAUGAUAACCUGGCAGCUGAGUUAAUGCCAGUUGAAUACAGGGAAAAGUUCAUGAGGCUGCAGCAUGAGAACAAGAUGCUGAGAGUGCAGCAGGAGGAAUUUCAGCAGGAGAAGAUCGCCACUCUGCAGGCCCAGUUGGAGGAAGCUGAGAAAACACGUAGUAAACUGGACACCGAGAACAGAUUGAGCCGAGAGCGGAUCAGUGAGCUGCAGCAGCAGGUUGAAGACCUUCAGAAGGCUCUGCAAAGUCAGGCAGCCAAGCCUGAUGAUUCAAACCUGAAAAGGAAACUGGAUGCUCACAUGGUCCAGUUGAAUGAAGCUCAGGAUGAAAUCAUGAAGAAGAAAGAGCUGCUAGAGGAUCUUCAGCCUGAUAACACACAAACCUCCUUAAAACUGGAUGAGCUGAUGGCUGCUUUGAAGAAGAAAGAUGAUGACAUGAAGGCCAUGGAAGAGAGGUACAAAAUGUACCUGGAGAAAGCUCGUGAUGUAAUAAGAGCAUUGGACCCAAAGCUGAAUCCUGCCACGGCUGAGAUCCAGGCUCUGAGGAACCAGUUAGCAGAACGCGACAGACAGAUUGUCAACCUUGAACGUCUAUGUGAGCAGGCCAGACUGAGAGAGUAUGAGGAGAAGCUGAUUGUCACAGCCUGGUAUAACAAGAGUCUGAACUUUCAGAAGGUGGCCAUUGAAUCACGUCUCGGGGGCUGCACUUCCUCCGUACUCUCACCUGGCCGGUCCUUUUUGUCGCAGCAGCGCCAAGUGUCAAACGCACCACGCCGCACUUCUUCCGUCAGCGUGCCUGCUGCUUCGUCUAAGUAGACUGUGUCACUGAGCCAAACGUGUCACCUAAUUCAAACUAGGCAAAAAUGCACAAACCUCACUCCCUGCAUCAAGUGAGCACUCAAGUGACCUUAAACACAUCUGCUCUCAGCCUUUGGGGAAGGGUCAAGGUUAAGCUGAUUAGGAUCACUGAGCACUUACUUAUCAAACAGCCCAACAGGUCACCCACCUAAGGUUAAAGCAUGCUGUCCCCAUGUACAUUAGCUGGAAAGAUGACCGUGCUAAGAACGUUCACCCCUGAUACAUCUCAUAAGCCAAAACAGUGCAUACUGCUCCAUUUGUAUACUUGCACUGUAUGACCUGCAUGCCCUCUGAUUUUGCUUUUCCAAGUGCAGACUUGGCUGAAUACCUUCUAUAAUCAGUUUGGUAUUGACUCUUUAUAUCCAGUCUCACUGUGUCAGGAAUGACAGGAAUAUGAAUGAAUACUCAACAUAAUCUACAAAUGUGAAAAAGUUGCUGGUACCCAACAAAUUUCCAUUAAUGAAAGGAAAACCCACAAUGGUCACUAAAAUAACUUUGGGCCAGUUUUCUGCAAAAGGUACUCUAUAAAUGAAUGUUUCUUACUUAAGUUAUAAUUUACUGAAACAUGCAUAAUGAAAAUCAUUUAAGGAAUAAAACCGAAUGAAACGAGCAAAGACAAACAGGUUGAAACUCUUAAAAAAGAUUGAAAAUUAUUAGAUCACGGUGAAACAUUUAACUACUGUGUUCUGUAAUUUACAUCAAAAGUGUUUUCAAUCACUUAGCCUAUGUUUAAAGCGUUAAAAAUCGUCACUUUGCUGUUUGGUGUCAAGGUGUUCACCACGCUGAACAACCCAGUUCCACCAGGACUAUAGCAUCUGCAUGCUCAACCAAGUUAGCUCUCCAGCACCCUGUUUUUCUUUCUUUAAUGCACAGACACCAACACAUUUGACCAAAUGUGAAAAACUGGAGCCUAGUGCAUUAAUGAAAGUUUAUGCUAAAGCCAACUAAAUAUAACUUGGGGGGAUUGUAGAAUUGUCUGUGUAUAUAACUGUAAUUGAGAAGACUGAUAAAUAGAAAUGUGCUUGAAAACACCAUUUACUACAUUAGGUGCUGGACACCAACAAUAUUUAAACAGCAAACACUGGGCACUUGCAUGUUUUAUUAUUUUUCUUUUUGAUAAAAUGGAACAUGCCCAUCAUUUCACAAGCUGUGAAAAUCCUACAAGUCAUAACCACAACAAUGACCAGAAUCCACUCUUGAGGUGCUGCAGCAAAUCCAGGACUAGUGUAUUGUGUGUUUUUCUCUCUCUGUUACUCCAGAGUUGAGUUCUGGUUCUCAACAUACAGGCCUUUCUAUUAACUGGGUAUUUUUGAAUAAUAUUUUGUGUGUUAUCAAGAUUAUGAUGUAUAAGAAAUGGUAUAUUUGUAAUGUAAACAUGAUUUAACACCAGCUUUUUAUUGAAAUGUGGGCACUUACCUUCUAUCUGCAAAUUGUAACUUUAGAAUUUUCAAUUAUAGCUUAAUUCUGUUAUAAUAAUUAACGUCUCAUAUUGUUGGUUUUUAGAUGCAGUUUAAACUGAACUAUUGUAGUUUGUUUUGAUAAAGAGGGUUUUCUCUAUAUAUGUUUUCAGCAACACUAAAGAUAUUUUAUGCUAUCAGGACGUUACCAUGUAUGACUUAGAGAUGUGUGUGAUUUUUUUUUUUUUUUAAUCCCCUGUGCAGUGAAGGCUUUUUCUUUGUAGAUUGUAGAUUUAAAUCGUUUGUAUGAAAUGUAUGAAAUGAGAAGAACAAUCAAGUGUAGCACAACACAGGAACCACAGGAGUGGUGUCAGAUGAUUCUGUGUGAAUGGUAAAAGAAGGGCGAAGAGAAUUAUCAGAAAUUCAGGGAGUUUAAAUUUGAAAUGCUUUGUAUUCUGUGUCUGAAUAAAUUAUCUCUUUUUCUAAAACUGUA